AUGCCGACAAAGCAAGCCCGCGUGAGGAAGGUGGCUUCUCAAGCCCUUCCUCCGUUCCCCCUUGGCCCAAAUCACACCAAAUUUAACGCCCUCCACGAUAUCGAGUUUGUGGCGAGCUCCGUCAUUGGUCCAAUUUUCUCCGAUUUGUCGAAACAUAUGUCUAAGGUCAGAGGAUGGAGCAAUAAGGUCAUUAAGUACACCUAUGGAUCAGGCGACCCUGAGGCUGAAUCACACCUCAUUGGCGAUGAGACAGGCCUUCAGGGUGUUUUCAAUCAUUCGGUGGGAUUUAUGGUUGGAAAAAUCCUUAAGGCCCAAUCAAUCGAUCUAAAGUUUGCGGAUUUCAAGUGCCUUGGAAACCACUAUGCCAACACGCCUGAUAGCAUUUUGAUGACCAAGAAUGCUCAGCCAAAGAUUGUUGGGGAGCUAAAGGUCCCUUGGGUGCACGAACACGAGAUGAGCGAGGCGUAUGAAGAAGAAACUAUGCUUCGCCAUUUGCUUGCCCAGCCGAUCAAAUUUAUGAAGGAUCUGAAUUGUAUGUAUGGCUUCAUGAGCAACUACUGUGAGACGAUAUUCCUUCGGCAGGAGUUCAUUACAGGCAGAUGGGUCGUCGAUUACUCUACAGUCAUUCAGGCAUCUACCUUCUAUGUCAAGACGGACCUGGACGAUCUCCAGGCUACACCAAUUGUGUCAUUCAGGCAAUGUUUCCUUGCUGUUGCGGCUCUAGCACAGGCGCAGGGGCCAGUCUACAAUACAACACCAAAUUCAGAAUGGGUUGUGCAAAUGAAAUGA